CUUGGUAACACUUAAGUUUUGGAAUCAAACACUAAAUUAACGUUAACUGAACACAAGAAGAAGAAACUAGCAAACAACAACACAGGCAGUGGACAGGUUUCUUGAUGAUACACCUCUCAUGUGAAGAAGUGGUUUCCCUAUCAGAUGCUAUCUCCAGUUACGUCUCCGGAGGCUCAACACAUCUGCCAGUGUCACAUUUACUUUUGACGCCAAGCGCCAUUGAUGUUUAAACUGCUUCUGUUAGCUAAGUAUGCCGGGCACAGCAGGGACAGGGGAUCUGCCGCCGACAAAAACAAUAAUUGUCUACAGGAACGGGGACGGUUUCUUUCCCGGAAGAAAAAUAGUUGUGAACCCGCGGCAGGUGUCAACCUUUGAGAACUUGUUGACCUAUUUGACCAGAGGGAUCGAGGCUCCGUUUGGUGCCGUGAGGAAGCUGUACACUCCCAGAGAGGGCCACAAAGUUCAGCAUUUGGACGACUUGAAGCAUGGGAGUGUAUAUGUUGCAGCCGGGAAUGAGCAGUUCAAAAAGCUGGACUAUUGUGAUAUAACAACCAAGAAGCCACAGAAAAAGAAAAAAGAACAGAUCCGACCUGUUGUUCACAGCAGAAUAGUAGCUUCUGCUCGCUGGAGGAGAACUACUGAUGAGACUUGCACGAUAAAUGUCUUUACCAACGGAGAUGUCUUGGUUCCUCCAGCUCGAAUACGGAUCCCAAAGUAUACUCUUAGAAGCUGGGAAAAUGUUUUAGCCAUGGUGACAGAGAAAGUACGUCUUCGCACUGGUGCUGUGUACAGGCUUUGCACAUUAGAUGGACGUCCUGUCUGCGGUUCCACUGAACUGGAGAACAACCAGCACUAUGUCGCAGUUGGUGCAGAAAAGUUUAAAGCUCUCCCAUAUGAGCAGUGCAUCCCCUGCAGGGAUUUAAUCCGGGAAAACAAGAUGUUUGAAGGCCAAGACAUCCUGCCUGCUAUUAGAAAGACAAGACAUGAAAAGGAUGGAUUUGCUCACACAGGCUUUAGAGAGGACCUUGAGCACACAGUCAGGGGCCAGAUGAAGAAACACGCAGCCAAGCUGGAGAGAACCAAACAACAGAUGCAGGUGUCCAGAAACCCAGUUCUCUUCUCGACAGGGGAGGGCAGCGUGUUCAAUGCACAAAACAAAAGAAGCGAGAUGGCAGGAGCAGCUGAGGUGCAGGAAGACCGCCAGUUGAAGGUGGAUCUGCCAAUUGAUCAGGUUGAGGCCAAGAUAGUUGACGAGGAGUGUGAGGAUGGGAGUUGUUGUGCGAGUCCCUGCAAGGCCUCCCUCCAUGAUUCAGACAGCUUGUGUCUGCAGAGGUCUUCGUCUGCAGGUUCCAGGAAGGAUGAGGCUAAGGAGAGGGAGGUGUCUUCCAGGCUUUGCAGAAUACGUUCACGGAUGUCCCGGUUUUUCAAGGCUGUCACAGUGGAUCUGCAGAUGACACAGAUGCGAAGCUUAACAGGAGACUCAGAGCCGCAGUGGAGGGAAGUGGGAUGUGAAAGGAAAUGCAAGUGAUCUCUAACAGAAUCAAACCUGCCUGCCACCUGCUUUGCAUCAAAAUGUCAAUGUCUGGACCAGUUUUUAUCCUUGAAAGGAAUUUGUCAGCUGAGUGAAAAUAGGAAGCCCUUUUCUAAAAGCAAAUCUACCAUCAAAGUACUUGCCCUGUCUCCUUCAUAUACUAUACCAGGGGUAUUCCAUCUUGACUUCCAUGUAUAAAAGCAAGAGAUACAACUGGGUCCAGUUUGGCUGAGAUUCUCCUUCAAAAGUUAUUGGCACCAUGUACAAUGGCCUUGUAAUUUAUGAGAACUGUUAGGGCCUAUGACAGAAGUUGUAAAGCAUCUUGACUGAUUGGGUAGAUAUGAGAUGUGUGCACUCAUGGCAUAUUGUCGCCUGCAUGUGUGCACGACAUCCAGAGAGUUGCAUGGCUUGCUCUGUCACAGAUAAAUUACUCCACACAGUCAAAUUAAGUUGUUGUAAAUCACCUUGCGGACCCGAGACUAGUCCUGAGUGACGACCUUUACGCCUAUUUGACUUUAAGUCUUAUUUAUGUUAAUCACAUCUGUAUUAUACCGACAGUAAAAUUGUGUCAUAUCCUGAAAGGUCAUUGUUUUGCAGUACAGCAUAUGAUGAGGACAGAAAAACACACUGGUUCUGUUUAUUACUAAGUGUAAGAAGUCUUGAGAGGA